AUGGAAUACGCGACUGAAGAUAUGAAUAAAAAUCCUGAUAUUUAUAAUAACAGCUUUAUUGGAAAUUAUACCACAAAAGAAAUUUCAAAUAUUAGUGGCAUAAAUAAUAAUAAUAGCCUUGGCAAUAAAAAUGACAAUGAAACAAAUCCUAAUAAAAAACUGCUAAAUGAAACAGAAGUUGAUACUUUGAAAAAAUAUGUUAAAUACGCGGCCGCUAGUUACUGUUCUCAAUCUCAUUUGGAAACUUGGUCGUGUGGAAAUCGAUGUGUUGGCAAUGUCACUGUUGAAUCGAUAUUUCAUGAUGGUAAAAAAGGUGCAUUUGGUUUUCUUGGUGUGGACCGGGAGGCAAAAGAGAUUAUUGUCGGAUUUCGGGGAACGCAUGAGUGGGUAAGUUGGUUAUACAAUUUAAGAUAUUUACAGCUUGAUUACGAAUAUCCAAAUUCAGAAGGCGCUUUAGUUCACGGUGGCUUUUAUCAAAUCUACGAUCGCGUCAGGGAAAGUCUAUUAUGGAGAAUACAAUGGAUGUUAAACAGAGCUGAGAACUCAUGUCGUGGUUAUAAUUUGAUAAUUAGUGGCCAUUCCUUGGGUGGCGUAUUAGCAAUAUUUCUAGGGUUAGAUGUGAAGAGAUAUAUUUUAGAUCCAAUUCUUGAAGAAAAUACAAUUGGUGUGCCAUUUGAUAUUCGGAUAACGACAAUUGGUGAACCACGUGUUGGCAAUGAUAAAUUUGCCAAACUAGUGGAAUCUGAAUUUUCGAAAGGGAGUCAAAAUCAUAUUAUUUCAAGAAUCACGCAUCGAAAUGACGUAAUCCCACAUUUACCACCACAUAAAGUUGGAUUUAUACACCAUCGACACGAAAUUUGGUCUAAAAGUAAACAAGAAAACUUUUAUUGUAAUGACGAAAAGGUGGAAGAUGAACCCGUUGAAGAUAAGGAAUGUUUGAUGGGUUCGAAAGUUUUUGAUAUAGUUCCUCAUCUUUUCAUUUGGGAUAUUUAUUUUGAUUCUUUUUGUUGA